UGGAGGGCCGGCCGGGGCGGGGCGGCACCAGCACCCGUGUGCCAGGUGCUCCGAGCGAGUGUGGGAUGGGAGGAGGAUUAUGUCACUCCUUCGAAGGAUGAAUUGAACGAGCUUCCUCCCGUGUCGGACUGACAGCACCACCCAGGAGCCCAGAGCAUAUAAAGCAGCGGCUGCCGCUGGGCGGCCAGUGCGGUGCCGACCCGGCUCGUGUGCUGCGAGGGCUGAGUCUCCGGCUCGCCGCAGACCCCGUCCUCGGCCUCGGCCCCCGCCUCCAGCCUCACCACAGCUGCCUCGCGGGCCACGGCUCGGCUGCGGACGGCAGCAUGACCUGGAUGCUGGUGCUGCUUGCCCUCUGGGUCUCGUGUAGUGCUCAAGCCGAUGCCCAGGACGAGGACAUGGCCUUCGACCUUUUCAGCAUCAGCAACAUCAACCGGAAGACCAUCGGGGCCAAGCAGUUCCGGGGGCCAGACCCCAGUGUGCCUGCCUAUCGCUUCGUCCGCUUUGACUACAUCCCACCAGUGAACGCAGAUUACCUCAGCAAAAUUGCCAAAAUCAUGCGGCAAAAGGAGGGGUUCUUCCUCACGGCCAGCCUGAAGCAGGACCCCAAGUCCCGGGGCACGCUCCUGGCUCUGGAGGGCCCCGGCGCCUCCCAGAGGCAAUUCGAAAUCGUCUCCAAUGGCCCAGCAGACACGCUGGACCUUACCUACUGGACAGAUGGUACCCAGCACGUCAUCUCCCUGGAGGACGUGGGCCUGGCUGACUCCCAGUGGAAGAACAUCACCGUGCAGGUGACCGGGGAGACCUAUAGCUUGUAUGUGGGCUGUGACCUGAUUGACAGCUUCACGCUGGAUGAGCCGUUCUACGAGCAGCUGCGGACAGAGAAGAGCCGGAUGUAUGUGGCCAAGGGCUCUGCGCGAGAAAGUCACUUCCGGGGCUUGCUGCAGAACGUCUACUUAUUGUUCGAGAAUUCAGCGGAAGACGUUCUGAGCCGGAAGGGCUGUCAGCAAAGUCAGGGAGUUGAAGCCAAUGCCAUCAGUGAGACCACAGAGACGCUGCACCUGAGCCCUCAGGUGGCGCCCGAGUACGCGGGCCCCGGCGCGCCCAGGAAGCCGGAGGUGUGCGAGCGUUCCUGUGAGGAGCUGGGCACCAUGAUGGCCGAGCUGGCGGGGCUGCACGUCAUCGUCAACGAGCUACACGAGAACCUGCGGAAGGUGUCCAACGACAACCAGUUCCUCUGGGAGCUCAUCGGCGGCCCGCCCAAGACGAGGAACAUGUCCUCUUGCUGGCAGGACGGCCGGUUCUUCGCAGAGAAUGAGACGUGGGUGGUGGACAGUUGCACCAAGUGCACCUGCAAGAAAUUUAAAACCGUUUGCCACCAAAUCACUUGUCCCCCAGCGACCUGCGCCAACCCAUCCUUUGUGGAAGGAGAAUGCUGCCCAUCCUGCUCCCACUCGCUGGAUGGCGAGGAAGGCUGGUCCCCCUGGGCAGAGUGGACGGAGUGCUCCACCACCUGUGGCUCAGGCACCCAGCAGAGAGGGCGGUCCUGUGACGUCACCAGCAACACCUGCCUGGGGCCGUCCAUCCAGACGCGGGCGUGCAGCCUGGGCAAGUGUGACAAUCGCAUCCGGCAGAACGGGGGCUGGAGCCACUGGUCACCUUGGUCGUCCUGCUCAGUGACCUGCGGCAUCGGCAACAUCACGCGAAUCCGUCUCUGCAACUCGCCCGUCCCCCAGAUGGGCGGCAAGCAGUGCAAAGGGAGCGGCCGCGAGACCAAGGGCUGCCGGGGCGUCCCGUGUCCGAUCGACGGCCGGUGGAGCCCGUGGUCGCCGUGGUCAGCCUGCACUGUCACCUGUGCCGGCGGGAUCCGGGAGCGGACACGGGUUUGCAACAGCCCCGAGCCGCAGCACGGGGGCAAGGACUGCGCGGGGGACGUGAGGGAGCAUCAGAUGUGCAACAGGAGGAGCUGCCCCAUAGAUGGCUGCUUGUCCAACCCCUGCUUCCCGGGAGCCCAGUGCAACAGCUUCCCUGACGGCUCCUGGUCCUGUGGCUCCUGCCCCAUGGGCUUCCUAGGCAACGGCACUCACUGUGAGGACCUGGAUGAGUGUGCUGUGGUCACCGAUGUCUGCUUCACCACGAGCAAAGCCCACCGCUGCGUCAACACCAACCCCGGCUUCCACUGCCUGCCGUGCCCCCCUCGCUACAAAGGGACCCAGCCCUUCGGCGUCGGCCUGGAGGCAGCCAGGACCGAGAAGCAGGUGUGUGAGCCCGAGAACCCAUGCACGGACAAGACUCACGCCUGCCACCGGCACGCGGAGUGUGUCUACCUGGGGCAUUUCAGCGACCCCAUGUACAAGUGUGAGUGCCAGACGGGCUACGCGGGUGAUGGGCUCAUCUGCGGGGAGGACUCGGACCUGGACGGCUGGCCCAACAAGAACCUGGUCUGCGCCACCAACGCCACGUACCACUGCAUCAAGGACAACUGCCCGCUGCUGCCCAAUUCCGGCCAGGAAGACUUUGACAAGGACGGCACCGGGGACGCCUGUGACGAUGAUGACGACAAUGAUGGCGUGGACGAUGAGAAGGACAACUGCCAGCUCCUCUUCAACCCCCGCCAGUUCGACUACGACAAGGACGAGGUUGGGGACCGCUGUGACAACUGUCCAUACGUGCACAACCCUGCACAGAUCGACACGGACAACAAUGGCGAAGGGGAUGCGUGCUCCGUGGACAUUGAUGGGGACGACGUCUUCAACGAGCGGGACAACUGUCCCUACGUGUACAACACUGACCAGAGAGACACGGACGGGGACGGCGUGGGCGAUCACUGUGACAACUGCCCCCUGGUGCACAACCCCGACCAGACCGAUGUGGACAAUGACCUUGUGGGAGACCAGUGUGACAACAAUGAGGACAUCGAUGAGGACGGCCACCAGAACAAUCAGGACAACUGCCCCUCCAUCUCCAACGCCAACCAGGCCGACCAUGACCACGAUGGCCAGGGCGACGCCUGUGACUCAGACGAUGACAACGACGGGGUCCCCGACGACAGGGACAACUGUCGGCUGGUGUCCAACCCGGACCAGGAGGACUCGGACGGUGAUGGGCGCGGGGAUGCUUGCAAGGACGACUUUGACAACGACAGCAUCCCAGACAUCGAUGACGUGUGCCCUGAAAACAGUGCCAUCAGCGAAACUGACUUCAGGAACUUCCAGAUGGUCCAUCUGGACCCCAAGGGCACCACUCAGAUCGACCCCAACUGGGUCAUUCGCCAUCAAGGGAAGGAGCUGGUGCAGACGGCCAAUUCGGACCCUGGCAUCGCGGUCGGGUUUGAUGAGUUUGGGUCUGUGGACUUCAGCGGCACGUUUUACGUCAACACCGACCGGGACGAUGACUACGCCGGCUUCGUCUUCGGCUACCAGUCCAGCAGCCGUUUCUACGUGGUGAUGUGGAAGCAGGUCACGCAGACCUACUGGGAGGACCAGCCCACCCGCGCCUACGGCUACUCCGGCGUGUCCCUCAAGGUGGUGAACUCCACCACGGGGACCGGCGAGCACCUGCGGAACGCUCUGUGGCACACCGGGAACACUGAGGGUCAGGUGCGUACGUUAUGGCAUGACCCCAAGAACAUCGGCUGGAAAGACUACACCGCGUACAGGUGGCAUCUGACCCACAGACCCAAGACAGGCUACAUAAGAGUCUUAGUGCAUGAAGGAAAGCAGGUCAUGGCAGACUCAGGACCCAUGUACGACCAAACCUACGCUGGCGGGCGGCUGGGUCUGUUUGUCUUCUCUCAAGAAAUGGUCUAUUUUUCGGACCUCAAAUACGAGUGCAGAGAUGUGUGACAGGGCCUGCCGCACCUCCAGAGACGUACUGUAGACGCUGCGCCCUAGACCCCCAGCGCGCGGCUGCUUCCAGCUUCUCUCUCUUCAGCAGCGCUCCUGUCCUCGACCUUGACACUGAGGGUCGUGCACCAUCAUUGACCCCGAACCCGCGUGCCUUCAGAGGAUACGUGUUGAAGGAGAACGUGCAGCCCACUCCAGGAACACAGCGUGGUGAUGCGCGAGACUUUCUGUGCAGCGAAAACCGAGCAUGGCAUUACAUCGUUUUUUCCUUGUUUGUUUAAAAAGAACGACGUUUACAUAUAAAAUGUAAUUACUUAUUGUAUUUAUGUGUAUAUGGAGUUGAAGGGAAUAUUGUGCGCAAGCCAUUAUCAUAAAUUAAGCAGGAAAAAUAUUGCUAUGUGACUUUCAAUGUUUAAAGCCAUUUCCAUUCCAGUAGCAGGCAGUCCCGUCCGGUUGACCCCAGAGACGGGUCUGCCGGAGUAUGGUGAGCCGUGGGGGCAGAGAGGUCGGGAGACCUGUCACACACUGGGGAGCCAGCUGCCUAAUCGGCACAUUAGCAGUAAGGAGAACGAAUGAAUGCCCCUUCCCCCACACCCCUGCCCACAGCGGAAGCCCGUGUACUUGGCAGAGAGGGGCAGGUGUAUCUGAGAGGGGACAUCCGGGAAAGCAGCACGAGCACAGGUCCCAGUGGGGGUCCGGCAGAGCCUCCCACCCAACGGGCUUGAGAGACCUCCUGGCUGGCUGUCCCCUGACUCUGCUCUCUCGUUGCCAGAAUUCCUGCUCAGCCCCCUUGCCCAUCUCCGCUGCUGGAGAACAGACCAGCAGAUGGACGCCUCCGCCAGGACACCUUAGCCUCUCAAUCCUGUUCUAGACUUUGAAACCCGGCCAAAGCGGCUUACCGAAUCUGGCAACACUUUCCACUAAGGUUCCCAUUACAGAUGUUUCCUUAAUAUUUAUUAAAAGACUGUCAGUGCA